CAAACCAAACUCUAAACCAAAUUAUGUCCACUUCAUAUAACUAAAAACCAUCCCAAAAUAAGAGCCUCUCAUUCCAAAUUACUUUACACAUGGUCACACUCCCCUUCUUCCUCUCUUUUUAGUAAAAAUAAUAAAAAAAGAUAAUGUACAAGAGAGACACCACUUAUCUUGUCUUGUCUUCUUUUCUUUUUCUCAUUACUCCUUUCUAAUAAUCUCUCAUGCAUGUACUUAUGCACAAGAGAUUAUCUUAUAAUCUUAAUUAAUUAAAUCUUUUUCCAUGUCGACGAGGACAAACCCUUACACCCCACCACCGCCGCAAAACUUUGAAUCUCCACCUAUUACCAUAGUUUUAACAAUAGUCCUUCUAAUCUUUUUCCUUCUUGGAUUCUUCUCCAUCUACUUUUGUCGAUGUUUCAUGGACAUAAUUUUCAACACGUGGCAUUUUCGAAGAACUCGCUCUGGAAACCUCUCAGGCACCACUGGAGCCACUUCCUCAGACACAAUCGCCGCCCACAAUGGCCUUGACCUCGCCAUAAUAAAAACUUUCCCUACUUUCACUUACUCAACCGUUAAAGAUGUCCAAGAAGAAGACGACAGGUACGGCCUGGAAUGCGCCAUUUGUCUAGUUGAAUUCGAAAACGACAGCUUGCUUCGUCUCCUGACGGUUUGUUACCACGUCUUUCACCAAGAAUGUGUUGAUCUUUGGCUCGAAUCACACAAGACUUGUCCUGUUUGUCGUCGGGAACUGGACUCUGCUCCGCUAGCUCUAAAACCUACAGAGCAGAGUCCUGAUCCAAUUCCUCCUCCUCCUCUUCCUAUUCUGUCCCGGGUCCAUGAAAAUCAGGACCGGGGCAGUGUGAGAAUUGACAUUGAUAUUAUUAACAACUCGCAACAGGUUGAUAAUAAUAACAAUGUCAAUAAUAAUGAUCGUGAUCACGAUCAUCGAAAAGGAGGAGGAGAUGAUAAUGUGGUGAUUGGGAGAUUUUCAAGGUCACAUUCAACAGGGCAUUCGAUAGUUAGAGGUAAUAAUUAUAGAAUAUUAUCAGAAGAAGAAGAGAAUAGAUAUACUCUGAGAUUGCCAGAGCAUUUGAAGAUGAAGCUUUUAAGAGGAGGAGGCCAUUAUUGGACUGGAAGCUGUGAUGGUGGAGAUUUUCAUAGCAGUAGAAGCAGUAAUGGUGGAUUUGGUGAAGUUUAAUAACUUUAAUUUUUGAGGUUUUUUAUUGAUUUAAUUUUCACAUACAAGAGAUAUCAUGAUAUAAUCACAGUACCAACUUAAACUUAUUUUAUUCAUACAUAUUAUAGUUUAGAUAUAUUAAUUAAUCAAAAUAUAUCGUACUGUAUUUUCUAUUUGAUCUCUGGUAUGAAUUUUGUGUUUUACUUUUUAGACUUGUUGGUUCUUUAAUUUC